AUGCAACGCAGUCUAAUCGCAGGCCACAACAACAACCGUCACCUCAAUUAUGAGGAACUUGAGAACAAUAUUGGUGGUUUGCCUAUUACUGAAAACAAGCUUCAAGAGCUUUUUGACUCACUCGACACGGAGCACAAUGGCUACCUUGCUAUUGAAGAUGUCAAAGUAUUUUACAAGGGUUUGGAGCACUAUGGUCUGGAUCCCACGGACGCAGAAGUAGCAAAUGAGAUCCGGAAGUAUGCGAAGAGUGAUGACAAUUUUAUGACAUUCGAUGAGUUUUGCUGCCUCAUGCUGAAUUUUGCUCAGCGAUAA